CACUUUGCUCUGCUUUAAGAGAUGGUGUGGUGCACGCUGGCGCGUUUGGCUGCCGCUACCAUUACCGUGUUUUUAUCGAAUCUUCGUGUUUCGUUUUAUUGUUUUUCUUUUAUUCUAUCCAGUGCAAUGCUUAGUGCGACGUAUAUGCCCACUUUUAAAUAUACAGCUCAAGAACUUCUACGGCUACGCUUUCGGGCUCAGUCUUUAGAACUACCACCGUCUCUCCAUCGGGAUAUUUCCUGUCUCCCACACCGUAAAUAUGUCCACCGCGGAUCUCGUCGCAGAUUUACAUUCGAUGACAGCAAGCCGAUACGAUCUCUUUGGACUUCUUUACCGCGACCAGUAAGUGGCCGCUGUGCCCGGUCUAUUAACCGGGACGUGUUGGCUGCCUUGGCUAGGUCAGCUAACAGCGUCCACAGCGUGAACCGCGUCAACAUCGGAAUGCUGAAUAUCCGCUCUCUCUCUGAUAAGAGCCCUCUGGUUUUUGAUCUACUCACGGACCAUAACUUUGAUUUUCUCUGUUUAACGGAGACAUGGCAGAAACCCGUGCUGAUGUCGGCAACAAAAGAUUAUUCGGAAUGAGAUGCCAUUUUAAGAGGGCGGUGCAGACAGUGGUCAGCCUGAUCAUCCUCACCAGUGCCUACAUCUUCAUCAGGAGAGCGCAAUGGACGGAGCCUAUGUUUCAGGAGGCUCGGUGGAUUAAAUACAGCACUGUACCUCUGAACUCCAGCAGAGAGCCGUGCCCUCAGGACACUGUGAAGAACUCGCUGUGUCUCAGUAUCUCCGUCCGCCUGCUGGCAGGAACCAUCCUGUCGGAACAGAGAUUCCUGACUGUGGGUCUCUCAUCUGUGAAAAGGAAAAAGGAGAGCUAUCUUCUGAGCACCCUGAACUCCAUCUUCAGCCAGUCUUCGGAGAAGGAGCUGUCCCAGAUGGUGGUCGUGGUCCUCCUGGCAGACUUUGACUCUGGCUGGGUCCAGGAGACUUUGAACAACAUUGUGCAGCAGUUCUCCACCAGACUGAGCCAAGGGCAGCUGCUGGUCAUCCACGCUGACCAGGAAUUAUACCCUCCUCUUACAGGGCUGAAGAGGAACUUUAAUGAUGCUCCUGACCGUGUAACCUUCCGAUCCAAGCAGAAUGUGGACUAUGCCUUCUUGGUUGACUUUAGCGCUGGUCUCUCCCAAUACUACAUCAUGUUGGAGGACGACGUGGACUGCUCUAAGGGUUUUCUGACCUCUAUUCGUGGCCACAUCAAGUCGCAAGGAUCUUCGCCAUGGGUCACUCUUGAGUUCUCCAAGCUGGGAUAUAUUGGGAAGCUCUAUCGCUCCAUGGACCUUCCACAGCUAGCACAAUUCCUCUACCUUUUCUACCAGGAGAUGCCUUGCGAUUUCCUUUUGUCCCACUUCCGCACUUUACUCAUGCAGGACAAGUCCAUUCGCUUCCGCCCAUCUCUCUUCCAGCACACGGGAACCUACUCGUCCUUCCAGGGUACGCACAACCGCCUGAAGGACGAUGACUUUCAACAGGACCCUGCUGACAACCCACCAGCAGAUAUUCACACAGACAUAAAGGUUUUUGAGAAACAUAGUCCAGAUGAAGCUUACAGCCAAGGAGCAGGUUACUUCUGGGGGAUGGUACCAAUCAAAAAAGGGAAUUAUUUCCUUAUAGCCUUUCAUGAACCGGUGGUCCUCUUCCAUAUCCUGAUUCAGACAGGGUUAGAUGGGAAGGACUUGCUUGACUCUGCAGAUGUGGAAGUUGGAGAGAUGAUUCUGAAGACAGGAAGUAGAGUGGAGUGCACAGGAAACCAUAUUCUGGGUUCUUUGCAGGAGGGACAGUUUGAGCAGAAUCAUGUAAAACUGAACAAUUCAGUGUUAUGUUUAAGGAUUAGAGUCACUGCUGAUCAGUCAAACUGGGUCAUCAUAAAAAACAUCCAAGUCUGGACUGCUGAGAAAAAGGGUGAAAAGUCACAGACGGUUUGAAGUACAACUCAUGCCAACACAAGUUGUAGUGGCCCUCCGUCAACAUCACCACAUAGACCUACAGAUUUGGGAGCAUUAUACAAACACAGCUAACACAAAAUGUUUACAGUGUGAACAAACCAAGACCAAACAAAUGUCAUCAGAGAACAGAAUAAACUGCAAUGCAUGAACGAGGUAUAUACUGUUACAUGGCAAACAUAAUAAUGCUCAAAUUCUGGGUCACUGCUAUUAACUGCUAUUAACUGCUAUUAACCCAAGUAACGCAUCUACACUUCUUUAACUCCUUAAAAUCCCAGUCUUAUUGCAUACUAAGUUUUAUUAUUCAGUCUUUCUUAAUGUGAGUCCAGCGCUCCCAUGGUACUCUGCAUGUCCAUGGCUGAACAAGCCAGUAGUGGGAAGCUGCAAUAUUUUAACCUUAUGUGUAGAUGAAAUUAAGAUGUGCAAGUUCGUGUGAACUAAUUGCAAUCAUGAAAAACGCUCAACAAAGUCAUCAUAGGAGGACAGUCAUUUUGGAGGACAGAAUACAUUGGCAAUGUUAGCUGGGUGCUGGUAUCUGUAAUUAGUUCGCAAUCUCCCAUGCCCCAAUCUGCAAUCCGCAAUCUGCAAUUAGUUCGUGUGAACUAAUUGCAAUCAUGAAAAACGCUCAACAAAGUCAUCAUAGGAGGACAGUCAUUUUGGAGGACAGAAUACAUUGGCAAUGUUAGCUGGGUGCUGGUAUCUGUGUGCAGUUUUCCUCUGAGAACCAUCAUCAAUCUCUGUGACAGUUUAUUAGCAAAGCUAAUGAAUGAAUAAACAGCUCACAGUGA